AUGCCCAGCAUGGCUCCUCGGCGUGGAAAUCUUACUGCUGGUGGAGCAUACGAGAGGCUCGGAAAGAACGCCCGGGCCUCACUCCACAAGUCUAUCGGCCCUGAUGGGAACUUUACCAACAUCAAAUUCCCCAUGUUCCAUCGUAAGACAGGCGGCGGUGAAAUGCAGCAAAGCGACCUGCACGGAGAGGAGAUCAGCGAGGACACCUUGGCAUACGACGAGGCAUAUGAAGACGAGCUGUCAGGCCGUGGCCUGCCCUCUACCGUGAGUCCGAGUGAUCCUAUCAACGGUUGGAAGGAUGUUGACGUGGAACGAGCGAUGCCGGAGAAGAGAGACGCGAGGAGGACCUCUCUCUCAUUCUGCACACUCUUCCUUUUCUGGAAGCUUCGCGCCUACGUGUUCAACUACCACCGGGCAGACGUUGGAGCUCGUGCCUGGUACCUUGCAGACAGGCUUCUGGACGAGUCCUCAGUCUCGGCAGCAGAGCUGCAGUCAGAAAGCUACCAGGGACGACUAUGGAGGCUAAGGAGCCUGAGCAGUAAACUGACAUGGGACAAGUGCCUGAGCCCAAUGAAGCGAGAUGAGCGCUCGAUCGCUCAUCGUGGCGCGCCUCUCAUGUUCCCAGAGCACACGCUUGAAGGAUACACCAGCGCUGUAAGGAUGGGUGCUGGGAUGCUGGAGUGCGAUGCCGUGUUCACAAGGGACAGAGUUGCUGUCUGUCGCCAUUCGGCCUGUGACCUCCACUAUACGACCAACAUCCUGAGGGUGCCGGCGCUCGCGGACAAGUGCGACAAGAAGUUCCAACCCGGAGAGGGAGCGCGGUGCUGCACCACCGAUCUGCUUGCAUCGGAGUACAAGCAGCUGUGCGGGACCAUGGAGAUGAUGACAAACGUCGGCGCCCGUACGGUGGACGAGUACCUGUCCGUCCCUUCCUGGCGGACGACUCUCUAUCAGGACGGAGGAUGUGCCACUGUGAUGACGCAGAAGGAAUACAUCCAACUCUCCAUGGGAAGGGAGAUGAAGGUUAAGAUGAUCCCGGAGCUGAAGGAGCACGACUACUCCAAGAUAGGCAUACACUCCCAAGAUGAGGCGGCGGAUCGUUUCAUCCAAGACUACCUUGACCUGGGGGUCCCACCUGCUUUGCUGUUCCCUCAGACUUUCAGCAAGCAGCAUGCGACAAGGUGGCUGUCCAAGUAUCCCAUAGCAAAGAACACGGUUCUGUUGUAUAGUCCCGGGGGGCAGGAGCAGAACGGGAAAGACACCUGGGAGACGACGUACAAGGGAUGGUUUGAAGAGCUGCAGCGCCUGGGUCAGCCCAUCAAGUUCGCCGGACUUCCGCUCAACGAGGUCAUAUCGGCCAAUGACGCGCUUGGGGGCUCUUUCUCUCCCACAGAGCCGGUCAGGUACCUCAAGGAGCAAGGGAUAGAGAUCAUCGUGUGGACGCUGGAGAGGUCGGGAGCCGUUCCUAGUGGGUGGUACCUCGGUGUCCAUCAGGGGAACGCCAGCACGGGAACGCACGGGAACGUUCAGAGUGCGGUGAGGAAGGAUGCGGACAUCUACUUGCUUCUCGAUGUACUCUUCAAGGAGGUGGGAGUCUAUGGGGUCUUCUCGGAUUGGCCUGGGACCGUGACCCACUACCUCAACUGCGCCCUCCCCUAA